AUGUGGGGGAUGCAGAGGGCCCGGUACGCGGACUGUAGCGGCUCAGAGGGCAGUGAGGACCGGGAGCUGAUGCUGAACAUCGGCGGGGUGAGACAGGUGCUGCACGCUCACAUGCUGAACCGCUUCCCGGAGACGCGCCUCGGGGAACUACUCCACACGUCCCUCCAGGCUCCAGAGGACGUGCUCGCGCUGUGUGAUGACUACGACCCGGACACCAGAGAGUUCUACUUUGACCGCGACCCGCAGGCGUUCCGCAGCAUCCUGGAGCUGUACGUGUACGGGGAAGUGCACAUGAAGCGCGGCGUGUGCGCAAUGUGCUUCCUCAAGGAGAUGGAGUACUGGCGCGUGCCCGCGGACUGUCUGGAUGACUGUUGCAAGUGUGCGCUGCGGGAGGUGCAAGAGGAGUUGCAGGAGAUCGCGGAGAAAGUACGGACCCUGUUGGUGGACCGAGAUGGGGGUCCGCACACCGGGGGCUGGCAGCGCGUGCAGGCGUCUGUGUGGCGGCUCAUGGAGAAGCCCGAGUCCUCCAUGGCCGCGCACAUAGUGGCCAUAGUGUCAUUUGUGUUCAUCCUGCUAUCGUCCGUGGUCAUGUGCGUGGGAACCAUCCCGGAGCUGCAGGUGGAGGACGCGGAGGGUGUGCGCUCGGAGCACCCCACUCUGGAGAUGAUGGAGAGCGCGUGCAUCGGCUGGUUUACGCUGGAAUAUGUGCUGCGCCUGUUCUCCUGUCCGCACAAACUCAAGUUUGCACUGGCCUUCAUGAACAUCAUAGACUUCAUGGCCAUCAUGCCUUUCUACGUUGUGCUCGUACUCACGCGCUUAGGCGCAGGCGUCAUAGAGCUGGCCAACGUGCAGCAGGCGGUGCAGGCGCUACGUAUCAUGCGCAUCGCGCGCAUUUUUAAAUUGGCAAGACACUCGUCCGGCCUGCAGACCCUGACUUCCGCUCUGAAGAGCAGCUUUAAGGAGCUGGGGCUGCUGCUCAUGUACAUGGGUGUGGGAGUGUUCUUGUUCUCUGCGCUGGGGUAUACUAUGGAACAGAACCACCCUGAUACGCUCUUCACCAGCAUCCCUCAGUCCUUCUGGUGGGCCGUCAUCACCAUGACCACAGUGGGCUAUGGGGACGUGUACCCGAAGACCACCCUGGGUAGGUGUAAUGCUGCCAUCAGCUUCCUGUGCGGGGUGAUUGCCAUUGCACUGCCCAUCCAUCCCAUUAUCAACAAUUUUGUCCUGUUCUACAACAAGCAGCAGGUGCUGGAGACGGCCGCAAAGCACGAGAUCGAGCUCAUGGCGCUGCGCUCGUGCCAGGCGCAGCUCCUCGGGCAUGCACACGGAGACGCUGCAAGUAUCUCCUUGCACACAUGUCAUACUGACACGUUCCUCCCACUAGUGCACGAGCCCCAGGGGCCAGGGGUCAGGGGUGCGAGCGCAGACACAAGCUUCAAGAGCAGCACAGAGGCUUCGGACUACUACAGCUCAUGA